ACACAAAAAGCAAAUGAAAAAAAUACAAUCCGUAUGUUUUCGCCUCUUGGCCGGAUGUGCAAGAUCGUGACCGUUUACGUAAAUCUCCUGCGACACCGAGCUUGUGCGUUGUUGCGAGCCGCGUCGCACGAAAACAUUGGAGGCAGAAAACAACUGCGUUUGACGAGACCAGCCCGCUGUGGAAAUGCCCGUGUGCAAUUUCUUUCUUCAGGGCCGCUGCCGUUACGGCGACAAAUGUUGGAAUGAGCAUCCGGCGGGGGGAGGCGGAGGUGGAGGAGGUGGAGGAGGAUACAAUAGCAACAACAGCUACAACUCUCCUGCUCAGCAGCAGCCCAGAGGAGGAGGUGGAGGGUUUGGAAACAGAGUUUGGGUGAAUCCUUCCCAGCAAAAAGGAAGCUAUAUCCAGCCAUCAUCUUUCUCCUCUCAUGGAACUGAGGAAUGGGGUCAAGGAGGAAGUGGAGGAGCUGACUGGGGUCGAGCUGGAGCUGGAGGAGGAGGGAAUGACUGGAGCAGAGGAGGAGGAGGAGGAGGAGGAGGAGGUGGCGGCGGGAACGACUGGGGCAGAGGAGGAGGAGGAGGAGGAGGAGGAGGAGGUGGUGGUGGUGAGAAUGACUGGGGCCGAGGAGGAGGUGGAGGGAGAAGAGAUAAUGUGAGCUUCUCGGCUCCAAACAGAUUUUCAACACUUGGUACUCCCAGUACCUUUGAAAGGGGAGGAGGAGGACAGCAGGUGCCAGCCGGUGAGGAAGAUGAUGAUAAAAAACUGGAGACCAUCCAGAUGGACAUGGAUAUUUGGGAGAGUUCGGGGCAGUGGGGCUUUUCGUGUUAUUCUAGCUUCAAGACACCUUUAUCUGGUUUCACUGAUCUCUCACCAGAAGAGCUCAGGCUGGAGUAUUUGUCCAGAAGUGCUUCAGGAGAGGUGCAGAUCUAUGUUAAUGCUAUCAAGGAGUUGAUCAACCAGUGGAGAAGCAGAGUCCAGGAACUGAAGGUUAUGAAUCCAGCCACCCGCACAGCUUUGCUCGCAGAGAUAAACAACCCAGCACCUCAGGCAUCUUCGAGUGACUUUGGUUCAGCUACAGUAUUUGGAUCAGCUACAGACGGCAUGGAAAGCAAAGGCUUUGGGGCUCCAGCACCGGCCGCGUCCAACACUUUCAGCUUUGCUGCUCCGAGCGGUGGGUUCGGUUCCCUGGCGGCACCAGGUUUUGGCAGUGCCUUGGCAGCUCCGACGCAACCUCCCUCCGGGUUUGGUUCCUCCAUUGCAGCGGCUCCUAAUGCCGCUUCCUUCUCCUUUGCUGCUCCGUCCACCAACAAGCCAGCAGCGACUUCAGGAUUUGGCUCUGCCUCAGGGUUCAAUUUCACCUCGACACAAAACGCCGGAGGAGGAGGAUUCGGGAGCGGUUUUGGGAGGGUAGAGGGUUUGGGAAGUAGUGGGUUUGGGAAGACCGCUUCUCCACCUGCAGCAGGAGUGGGGUCUGCCGGUGGGGCAUCGAACAGUCUGUUUUCACAUGAGAGCAAUACGACUCCAGAGGAACUGAAUCAGUUCAAGGCUAAGAGGUUCACUCUGGGCCAGAUUCCUUUAAAGCCUCCCCCAGUUGACUUGCUGGUGGUAUGAUGCAGGUAUGAAAUGUAGAGAUGAUUUAUACAAAGUAAAACAUUUCUUUUACUUAGUGCUUCUGUUUAAACCUAAGUCACUAUUACAUUUUUAAAGAUCUGGCUAAUGUUUAUUAUACUAAUACUUCAGAUAAAUUCUAGCAGGGAAAACGUGCUCCAUUUAGGAUGUUUGUGUUUAUGCAACGCGUGCUUCAGGUACAAUACAUAGUCAAUUUUUUUAGAUGUUGUUUGUCACAUAUACAUAGGUCUAUUUUCGAAUGAUUGUCUUUCGGGAUUGUUCUGAAUCUGAAUUUUCCUUAUUUGUUAAGAGGCUGGUAGUAAACAGAUCAGGUGAUGAGCACGGUUCCUGACGAUUUAUUUGCAUGAAAAUGUGAUCUAACAACUAUAAUACAAUAAAAACAUGCCUUGAA